GAAAUACUAAUGGACUCUACGACGGCAACAGCAGAGCUGGGAUGGACUAUCUACCCAGCAUUGGGGUGGGAGGAGGUGAGUGGAUACGACGAGAACAUGAACACCAUCCGCACUUACCAGGUGUGCAAUGUCUUUGACAACAACCAGAACAACUGGGUACGCACCAAGUACAUCAGCCGGCGAGGGGCCCAGCGCAUCCACGUGGAGAUGAAGUUCUCGGUGCGGGAUUGCAGCUCCAUCCCCAGCGUCCCCGGCUCCUGUAAGGAGACCUUUAACCUUUACUACUAUGAGACGGACUCAGACACAGCCAAUAAGGUGUCCCCGGCCUGGAUGGAAAACCCCUGGAUCAAGGUCGACACCAUCGCAGCCGACGAGAGCUUCUCCCAGGUGGAUCUGGGCGUCCGGGUGAUGAAAAUCAACACGGAGGUACGAAGCUUCGGCCCUGUGUCACGCCAAGGCUUCUAUCUGGCCUUCCAGGACUAUGGUGGCUGCAUGUCGCUCAUCGCCGUGCGCAUCUUCUACAGGAAGUGCCCCCGCGUGGUCCUGAACGGCGCCGUGUUCCCCGAGACCCUGUCGGGGGCGGAGAGCACCUCCCUGGUGGCAGCGCGGGGCGUGUGUGUGCCCAACGGGGAGGAGGUGGACGUGCCCAUCAAGCUCUACUGUAAUGGGGACGGGGAGUGGAUGGUGCCCAUCGGGCGCUGCAUGUGCAAGGCUGGGCACGAGGUGGUGGAGAACGGCACCGUGUGUCGAGCGUGUGGCUCAGGGUUCUUUAAGUCUUCCCAGGGGGACCACCUGUGUCUCCAGUGUCCCAUCAACAGUCGCACCACCAACGAGGGGGCCACCAACUGUGUGUGCCGCAACGGGUACUACCGCAGUGACUCGGAUCCCCCGCAGAUACCCUGCACCACCAUCCCCUCCGCGCCCCAGAACGUAAUCUCGAUCGUGAACGAGACGUCCCUGAGGUUGGAGUGGAGCGCGCCGCGCGAUGGCGGGGGCCGCAAGGACGUGGUCUACAACAUCAUCUGUAAGAGCUGUGGAGGGGGCCGGGGAGGCUGUACACGCUGCGGGGACAACGUCCAGUUCAUCCCUCGCCAACUGGGCCUGACGGAGACCAGCGUCCACAUCAGUGACCUGCUGGCCCACACGCAGUACACCUUUGAGAUCCAGGCGGUCAACGGGGUCUCCGACCAGAGCCCCUACUCACCACACUACUCCUCAGUCAACAUCACCACCAACCAGGCCGCACCAUCGGCCGUGUCGAUUAUGCACCAGGUGAGCCGGACACCUGACAGCAUCACUCUCUCCUGGUCCCAACCGGACCAGCCCAACGGCCUCAUACUGGACUAUGAGCUGCAGUACUAUGAUAAGAGCAUGGCAGAGUGGAACUCAUCGGUGGUGCGCAGUCAGACCAACACAGCAGUCAUCCGUGGCCUGAAGCCCGGAGCUAUAUACGUCUUCCAGGUACGGGCUCGAACCGUGGCCGGAUUCGGACGAUUCAGCGGAAAGAUGUACUUUCAGACCAUGACCGAAGAGGAGUACAAGUCCAGCUUUCAGGAGAAGCUCCCCCUCAUCAUUGGCUCAGCUGCUGCAGGUGUGGUCUUCAUCAUCGCUGUCGUCGUAUUGGUCAUCGUCUGCAAUCGAAGAAGCUCUGAGAGAACAGAAUCUGAAUACACAGACAAGGUCCAGCACUACACCAGUGGCCACAUGUCUCCAGGAAUGAAGAUCUAUAUUGACCCCUUCACCUAUGAGGACCCCAACGAGGCAGUGAGGGAGUUUGCCAAAGAGAUUGACACCUCCUGUGUCAAGAUCGAGCAAGUCAUUGGCGCAGGAGAGUUUGGGGAGGUGUGCAGCGGGAACCUGCGUCUCCCUGGGAAGAGAGAGAUCCUGGUGGCCAUCAAGACACUGAAGGCGGGCUACACAGAGCGCCAGAGGCGGGACUUCCUGUCUGAGGCAUCCAUCAUGGGUCAGUUUGACCACCCCAACAUCAUCCACCUGGAGGGCGUGGUUACCAAGAGCGCCCCCGUCAUGAUCAUCACUGAGUUCAUGGAGAACGGAUCGCUGGACUCCUUCCUCAGGCAAAAUGACGGGCAGUUCACGGUGAUCCAGCUGGUGGGCAUGCUACGUGGCAUUGCGGCGGGCAUGAAAUACCUAAAUGACAUGAACUACGUGCACCGGGACCUGGCUGCCCGCAACAUCCUGGUCAAUAGUAACCUGGUGUGUAAGGUGUCUGACUUCGGGCUCUCACGGUUUCUGGAGGAAGACACAUCAGAUCCCACCUACACCAGCGCCCUGGGAGGGAAGAUCCCUAUCCGAUGGACCGCCCCGGAAGCCAUUCAGUACAGGAAGUUCACCUCCUCCAGUGAUGGGUGGAGCUACGGCAUCGUAAUGUGGGAGGUGAUGUCAUACGGAGAGAGGCCCUACUGGGACAUGAGUAAUCAAGAUGUGAUCAAUGCCAUAGAGCAGGACUACCGGUUGCCCCCGCCCAUGGACUGUCCUAGUGCCCUGCACCAGCUCAUGCUGGACUGCUGGCAGAAGGACCGCAACAACCGGCCCAAGUUCAGCCAGAUUGUCAACAACCUGGACAAGAUGAUCCGCAACCCCAACAGUCUGAAGGCCAUGACGCCGCUGUCAUCAAGUGUUCACCUACCUCUGCUAGACCGCAGCACGCCUGACUUCUCCAGCUUCAGCACCGUGGAUGAGUGGCUGGAUGCCAUCAGGAUGGGCCAGUACAAGGAGAACUUUGCCAAUGAGGAGUUCACCAGCUUUGAUGUUGUCUCCCAAAUGACCACAGAGGACAUCCUCCGAGUAGGAGUGAUGCUAGCAGGCCACCAAAAGAAGAUCCUGAACAGUGUCCAGUCCAUGCGGGCCCAGAUGAACCAGAUCACCUCUGUGGAGGUCUGA